AUGACAUCUCAAAAUCAAAUCAAAGGCGACAUCGCCUCCCUCGCUUGCUACUUACCAAACGUACGAAAUGCGACGGCAGCCACCAAAUCAAAACGCCGAAUGUGUUCGCGUAUCAACUGCGAUGCGCAGAGACUAAAGAAUUUUGUCAAGGAGGAUGAAAAUGGCGCAAAGGAUCUGCUUCAGGCAGCUUGGGCGAUGGUGCUUUACCAUUAUACUGGGAUGGAGGAGGUAUGCUUUGGGUACGAUGAGUUUGACAUGGCUGUUUCCGCGCGCAGGCCGGGGCCAUUGGCUGUCAAAUAUCGCAUUAACCCGGAGGCGCAAUUGAAUGGAUCGUUUGAAGGUACGGAAGGUAAGGAAGGUAGGUAUGGGAAGGGUCUGCGCAAGGAGGAAGACGAAGGAAACGUGAAGUCGCAACUUCAUUACAACACCGCGGUGAUGCUUCAGAUUCGCAAAUCAUCGGAUAAUACUCUGAGUCCUGCGGCUCUGGCAUCGCAACAGGCUGCAAUGUCGCUUCCAAAUGAGUGUAAAGUGCGGAUUCUGGCCAAGUAUAUACUGGGCACAUUCAGUGUCUUUCUGGAAUACAAACACCCGGAUGUCUCUGGUGCUUUUGCUUCAAUUGUGUCGGAAAGGUUCUCGCGCAUGCUUCACGGUCUUCUCGAAGAAAGAGCAUACACUAUUCAGGAUUUGAGUAAGAUCACCGAUAGUGACAUGCGACAAAUCAUGAAAUGGAAUGCCGUGCGGCCAGAUACCGUCGAGAAGUGUAUACACAGUAUUAUUGAAGAUCAAGUACAACUGAAGCCGGAAAACGAGGCUGUAUGCGCCUGGGAUGGGUCUCUUACCUAUGCCGAACUCAAUGAACAAGCGUCUAUACUGGGGCGAGAACUUUUGAACCUUGGGGUGCAUGCGGAAACUCGUGUUGCACUAUGUUUCGACAAGUCGAAAUGGAACAUUGUAGCCAUGUUGGCUGUAUUAAAAGCUGGUGGCGCUUUUGUACCUUUAGAUCCGUCUCAUCCAAUAGCCCGACUGGAAUCGUUGGUCAAAGAGGUGGAAGCACGAGUAAUUAUUUGCUCUCCCAGUCAUUCUUCGCGUUUAUCUUCGGCCGCCGAACAUGUACUGUGUGUUGAUGCCGAGCACAUGGAUCAGAUGGCGGCUGAAAAUACAGCUUCAAAAGAUUACACUUUUAAUACUUCGACGGUUAGCACAAAUGCUGCGUAUGUUCUGUUCACCUCUGGUUCGACAGGAAAGCCAAAGGCCACCGUGAUCGAACAUCAAGCUUUCUGCUCCGGAGCUCAAAUCCAUGGUCCGGCGAUGUUGAUCGAGUCCGAUUCUCGAGUCCUUCAAUUCGCUGCUCACACUUUUGAUGCCAGCUUGGUCGAGAUUCUUACGCCUCUGAUGCGCGGGGGUACUGUGUGUAUACCCAGUGAAGAAUCCAGACUAAAUGGUAUCAUCUCCGCAAUCAACGACUUACAAGUAAACCACGCCUUCUUGACACCUUCUUUCGUACGGUUUAUCACGCCAGCUGACGUGCCAAAUCUCACUCGACUGGUGUUGGCGGGAGAAGCCCUAACGCAGGCUAACAUUGACACCUGGUCGUCAAUUCAUCUGGUCAAUGGAUACGGUCCCACGGAAAGUUCUGUUGCUGCCGUGGUCAACGCCAAUAUAACGAGAGAGACACAGCCUCAAGAUAUUGGCUUUCCUGUCGGCGUUAGAUGUUGGGUGGUCGACGCUGAGAACCACGACGUGCUCCUUCCCGUUGGGUGCACGGGUGAGCUCCUUCUCGAGGGCCCGUCCUUGGCCCGCUGUUACCUCAACAACCCAGAGAAAACCGCGCAAUCUUUCAUCUCGAAUCCAUCGUGGUCGCAAGAAGCUGCGAUAAAUAUUGGCAAAAGUCGGUUUUACAAGACUGGAGACCUGGUUCGCUACAAUUCUGAUGUUGGAUCGUUUGAUUUUGUCGGACGAAAGGAUGCGCAGGUCAAAUACCAUGGACAACGAAUCGAGUUGGGAGAAAUCGAGUCGAAUCUCAUCAAACACCCAGCUGUCAAGCAUGGAAUCGUAUUACUUCCAAAGACUGGCCCCGCGGCACAGAAGCUGGUUGCGAUUAUAUCUUUUAGCGAAAGCAUUAUCAAGGACUUGUCAGCAAGCCCAAUGCCGCUGAACGUGCUCGAUGUCCCUGAUCGAGAAAAUCAUAUAUCGAAUAUCCGCGAAGCCUUGUCUAGUAUUUUGCCCACAUAUAUGAUUCCAUCUAUCUGGCUCUGUAUCGAGGCAUUUCCGGUGCUUGCUUCUCGCAAGCUGGAUCGCAAGACCGUAACAACCUGGCUAGACACCCUGCCCGAAGACAUUAUGAAUGCCUUCAGACCAGCAGCCAACAGCACAAAUAAUACCAUGGAUGGUGAUAUCACUGAUACGGAAGCUAGUUUGCGCCAGAUAUGGAGUGACGUGCUCAAUAUCCCCCUGUCGAGGACCAGCAUACACCAUAGCUUUUUGAGUCUCGGCGGCGACUCAAUUACAGCCAUGACAUGCAUGAACCGAUGCAAGCAAAGGGGCAUUGGACUGACGGUUCAGGACAUUCUUCGCAGCAGAUCUAUCCGCGAGCUUGCAAAAUGUGUCAAACUGGUAGCUGUCCAGAACGACUAUCGGGAGGACAUUGACGUGCCUUUUGAUCUAUCACCAAUACAGAAAUUGCAUUUUGAGGUCCGCGACGACAAUACUGGACACUUUAAUCAAAGCUUCUUCUUGCGAAUAAAUCAGAUCGUGACACCCCAGGAUCUUCAAAAUGCAAUCAAUGUGAUUAUCCGUCGCCAUUCUAUGCUACGUGCUCGCUUUAUUUACGAUAAGUCAAAGAAACAAUGGCAACAACGAUUGAAACCCCUGAAUGAAGCUGCUCACCGAUUUAAUGUCCACAAAUCAUCCUCUCUGGUGCAAGUGAAGAACGCUAUUGCUGAUAGUCAGGCGAGUCUCAACGCAGUGAACGGCCCUGUUGUGGUAAUUGAUCUAUUCCAGAUGAAGGAUCAACGUCAAUUGUUAUCACUGAUUGGUCAUCACUUGAUAGUUGACCUUGUAUCCUGGCGUGUAAUUCUCGAAGAUCUAGAAGAGUUACUGCUUCAUCCCCAGUCAAACUCACUACUAGCCCCUACACUUCCAUACCAGAGCUGGAGCCGUCUUCAGUGGGACCAAAUUUCCGAUCUUGGCGAAGAAACAACCCCAAAACCCCUAAAUGUGCCACUUUGUGAUCUGUCAUAUUGGGGUAUAAGCGACACCGAGAAUACAUAUGGUCAAGUUUCAUGCGAAGGUUUCGAGAUUGACGCGGAGACAACAUCGAUACUACUGAACGAGGCCAACUCUCCCAUCCAGACCGAAGCCGUUGACAUUUUGGUUGCUGCGUUAUUGCACUCAUUUGCAAGCACAUUCACUGACCACACACUGCCUGUUAUACACAAUGAAGGCCAUGGACGUGAGCCCUGGGAUAAUGCAAUUGAUGUUUCGAGAACCGUUGGAUGGUUUACUAUCAUCUACCCAAUUUUCGUGCAAGCAGCAGCUCUUCGGAACUGGGUCGAGACUCUUGUGCAAGUGAAAGACUGCCGCAGGCGUGUCAAAGAUAAUGGAAGAGAAUAUUUUGCUAAGAGUAUUCUCGGUGGAGAUAAUAUGAAAGCGUUCAAGCCAAUGGAAAUCACCUUUAACUACCUGGGCCGCUACCAGCAACUUGAAAAAGCUGGGGCUCUUUUCAGCCCUGUCGAAGGUCUGGCCGGUGAGACUAGCCAAGGAGGAGGAGCAGCUGACUUUGCAAAGACCACACCUCGGUUUGGUUUAUUUGAGAUAUCAGCUGUAAUUGUUCAUGAUGUUCUUAGAUUCACAUUCUCCUUCAAUGGAAAUAUGCGACAUCAAGAGAGAAUUAUUCAAUGGAUUACAAACUGUCAGCUUACACUUUCUCAAAUGACAAAAGAUCUGGCCACACUUCAGCACCAGCCAACUCUCAGUGAUUACCCGCUGCUAUCGUUGGAUUACCCUGAUCUCCACGCACUUACAGCUGAAAAGUUACCAGCCAUAGGUUUGAAAUCAUUAGAUGAGGUUGAAGAUAUUUAUCCUUGCUCCCCUAUGCAGCGUGGUCUGCUUAUAUCUACGACUCGAGAUAUCUCAUUUUACGCGGCCCGAGGAACGUACGAAGUCAAAGCCAACAAUGGAAACCAAAUAGACACGGAACUUCUUUCCCAGGCAUGGCAAAAAGUGGUUGAUCGACACGCAAUGCUUCGUACGAUUUUCGUGGAGAAUCUCAGUUCGGAAGAUCUGUAUUCUCAGAUUGUACUUCGCAAGUACGCUUAUUCAUCUAAGAUUCUCCGUUGCACCGAUGACAAUGAUGUUCAAACUGUUCUCAAUAACCACCCAAUGCAGUCAGAUCAACGAAAACCACUGCAUCAAUUUACUAUAUGCGUCACAGGGACUGGGAAGGUCUUUUGUCGACUUGAAAUCAGCCAUGUUAUCAUGGAUGGGGCGUCGAUCUCUAUCAUGUUACGUGACCUCGAAAAAGCUUAUAGUGGGGGUCUGCACAAUGAUCCGAAGCCACUCUUCAGCAACUUCAUUUCAUACCUGCAAACGCAGCCCAAGGCUGCUGCUAUGAACUACUGGAAGUCCUACCUUUCUGACGUUGAGCCUUGCCACAUGCCUGUGCUCAAUGAUGGUUCAUCUUCAGUAAGAGAGUACAGCACACUUCGUUUAGAUUUCAAGAAGCUUGAUCUUCUUCAAUCCACAUGUGAAAAGCACGGAUUGACCGUCUCAAAUGCUUUACACGCAGCAUGGGCCCUCACACUUCGCUGCUACACAGGAAGUGAUGACGUCUGCUUUGGCUAUUUGCUUUCAGAAAGAGAUAUUCCAGUGAAUAUGAUCGAAGACACAGUGGGCCCUAUGAUCAAUAUGCUUGCUUGCCGGGUUAAUAUGUCCCCAGAAUCCGUUAUUAUGCGCGUGGUUGAAGGUAUCCAGGUGGACUACAUGGAGAGCGCACCGUACAAGCAUAUCUCACUAGCAGAUGUCCAACACGGAUUGAAUCUCUCGGGCACCGCCCUCUUCAACACCUGUCUAUCUUACAGGAAAGUUUUAUCUGUAGAGUCUGCGCAAAAAAGCGCUAUAAAGUUUUCCGAGUGUGGAGGCUUGCACGACCCGACGGAAUACUUGGUGACAAUCAAUGUCGAGGCCUCGGAUACGGAUGCAGUGAUCGACCUAGACUUCUGGACAGAUAUGCUUUCACAGGCACAGGCCAGAAAUAUUGCUGAUACUUUUAUACGUGCGCUUGAAAACAUGAUAGAACAUCCAGAAGCGCAGUUGGGCCAGUUGAAUCAUGUUCCCACAAGCAACUGGCAACAGAUUGCUGAAUGGAACAAUGCCAUGCCAGAAAAAAUUGAAAUGUGUAUUCAUGAGGUUUUCGAACAGAAAGUGCGACUGAAUCCCGACGCGCCUGCAAUCUGUGCCUGGGAUGGUGAAUUUACAUACUCUCAAGUUGAUUCUCUCGCUAACCGCCUUUCGUGCUAUCUCACAAAUUUUGGGAUCAUGCCAGAAUCAUUCGUGGCAUUGUGCUUUGAUAAAUCAGCUUACACUAUCAUUGCUAUGAUUGCCGUUUUAAAAGCAGGUGGAGCCUGUGUUCCAUUGGAUGCUGGACAUCCGAAAGCUGCUUUGGAGCUUCGUGUGCUAGAGACCGGCGCUCAGGUUGUUCUAUCGUCACCAUCUCAGACGCAUCUUCUUGAAGAUGUUGUGCCUUAUGCCGUUCCAGUUGAUGAAACACUUUUCACCCAGCUUGAGGAAAUUGAACCAUAUGAUAUAACUGAAGCCGCUCCCGAGAACGCAGCUUUUGUUAUCUUCACUUCCGGAAGUACAGGCAAGCCUAAAGGCGUUGUUCUUGAACAUCGCAGUCUAGUGACAAGUGCUGCGGCCCAUGGAGCAGCUUUAGGAGUAGAUCAGUCAACCCGAUUUCUCCAGUUUGCUUCCUAUUCAUUUGACAACAGUCUGGAAGAAAUUUUUACGACCCUGAUGAGAGGCGGUUGUGUUUGUGUUCCAUCUGAAGAUGACAGAAUGAACAACCUAGCUAAGGCCAUGAAUGAUCUGGAUGUCAACUUCACCGAUAUGACAGCUACUGUUGCUGCCUUUCUAAACCCUUCAGACGUUCCAAAAUUAAAGGGCUUAGCCAUUGGAGGAGAGGCUCCCACAAAGGAAAUCAAGGAAACGUGGUGCAGCGUUCUCCGACUUCAAAACAUAUAUGGCCCUACAGAAUGCUCCAUCAAUUGCUGCCACAAUCCAGAUGUUGGAGUUUCAAGCGAUGUAACAAAUAUCGGACGCGCGAUUGGAGGUGUUUCAUGGGUUGUUGAUGCGAAUGAUCACAAUAAAUUAGUGCCAAUUGGCUGCGUCGGAGAGCUGCUCAUCGAAGGUCCCAUCCUUGCUCGACACUAUCUUCAUAACCCAGAAAAGACCCAACAGAGCUUUAUCGAGGAUCCUUCCUUCAUGAAGUCGCUAACAGAGAGAAUUGGAGAUACAGCCGUCUUUCCUCCUACUGGGCAUAGGAUGUACAAAACCGGUGACUUGGUUCGAUACAACUCCAAUGGAUCCCUGGUGUACCUCGGAAGAAAGGAUACCCAAGUUAAACUCAAUGGCCAAAGAAUCGAGCUGGGCGAGAUUGAGCACCGUAUUCAGAGUGCUUUACCUUCAGAUGGCCAAUGCUCGGUCGAUCUCAUCAUUCAAAGCAACGGGAAAGUCACAUCCAAGGCUCUGGUAGCCUUUAUUUGUCUUGAAAGCGAUAGCAAGAGACCAACACAAAGCGAUGCGGACUUUAUCCUGCCAAUGACCCAGUCUUUCCAAUCGAUAUUCUUGAAAGUAAAAACAACCAUUUUAUCCCAGAUACAGAGCUACAUGGUCCCCAAUGUCUAUAUACCCGUGUCUUUCUUCCCAAUGACUUCAUCCGGCAAGCUUAACAGACGUCUACUGCGCACUACAGCAGAAGACCUACUGUCGCGAGAUGCAUCAUCCUUCCGUCUAGGCGGCAGAAGCGGUCGAGAACCCUCCACCGAUGCCGAAAAAGCUCUACAGAAUUUAUGGUCAUCGCUUUUGUCUGUGGAUGCUUCAAACAUUAGCGCAGACGAUACAUUCUUUCGACAUGGAGGAGAUUCCAUAUCUGCAAUGAAACUCGUCACGGCUGCGCGGAAGCAGGGAUAUUCGAUUAGCGUGGCAGAUAUCUUUCAGGCGCCUAGGUUGUCUGAAAUUGCAAAAAAAUUGGUGCCCAAGUUCACAUCUAGUGUCGAUGAGACUGAUGUAAAAAUUGUGCCGUUUUCACUCCUCGACAAGGGUAUUUCUGUUGCCGAAAUCAAAGACGAAGUCUCUGAUACUUGCAACAUCUCGCUGGAUCAGAUCGAGGAUAUACUGCCAUGCAGUGCAAUUCAAGAAGGUUUAGUCACGUUAUCAAGCACUCAACCAGGAUCGUACGUUACGCAAAAUAUCUACAGCUUGCCGGGUUCGGUCAACAUACAGAGGUUUAAAGCAGCUUGGAAGAAGCUUUAUCAAAGUGAGAGUAUACUCAGAACCCGAAUCAUUCAUUCAAAGAAUAAUGGCUUCCUUCAAGUUGUUGUUCGAGAAGAACCGGAAUGGACUUCCAGUCAACCUGCUAGUCGUUCAGUACCUGGCACAAAUGGAGGCCGCCUAUCUCGAUAUACCAUUACCCAAGAUCAAACAGGCGGGCCACAUUUUAUAUGGACGGCUCAUCAUGCCAUAUAUGACGGUUGGAGUAUUCCUAAGCUCUUAAACAAGCUUCAGAAAUACUACGAAGAUAGUACUCUAGCUAUUGAACAUAACCCUUGCUCUUACUCCCACUUCAUCAAGUAUGUGUCUACAGUUGAUCCUGUCGAAACGAGGAACUUCUGGACUGCCCAUCUCGAUGGUUUUUCAGCAUCUCAGUUCCCUGCGCUGCCUAAUGCUUCCUACAAAUCGAAUCCAAAAACUCGGCAAGAUAUAAGUUUCAAAUUGCCAGCAGAGCGACCUUCUGAAGUCACUCUACCAUCUCUGAUCCGAGCAGCAUGGGCUCUAACGAUUUCCAUGUACUCAUACUCCGAGGACAUAGUCUUUGGCGAGAUCAUGACCGGGCGUGAAAUACCAGUUUCAGGGAUCGAUGAUAUGAUAGGUCCUGCAUUGUCAAUAGUGCCCAUGAGAUUGCAAAUAGACUCGAAACUCGCCGUUUCAGAGUAUUUGCAGCAGGUUCAAGCCCAAGCAGCUGCAAUUAUCCCCUAUCAGUCUGCUGGCUUGCAAAGUAUUCAGGGAGUGAGCCAAGAUGCGAAAUCAGCUUGUGAAUUCCAGACGCUGUUUUCUAUCGCUCGCGGUGAGAGUGACGAUGUCGAGGGUGUUAUGAAAUUCAUAAGCGCAAAUUCAGGGGAUGCGAACUUCUUCACAUACCCACUGAACGUAUCAUGCUUCAUGUGGAAGUCGCAUCUUGAAGUUCAGAUUCAGUAUGACAACCACAUCGUUCCACUUACACAUUUAGAGAGAGUCAUUGGCCAGUUUGAGACUAUUCUACACAAGCUGUGUGGUGCAGUUCAGACAAAGAAAUUGAGUGAUCUUGAGAUCAUAAGCAACAGUGACAUAUCGAAAGUACACGAAUGGAACUCACAAUUGACUUUAACGCGGAUUGAUCGUUGUAUUCACGAUGUGAUUGAUGACAAUAUUCGAUCGCGUCCUGAUGCUCUAGCCAUCGAUUCAUGGGAUGGAAAUUUUACAUAUGAGCAGCUUGGCCGUUAUGCAACAGCUCUAGCCUCUCAUCUUCAAAAGCUGAUUGGCAACGAUAAGGAGCAUUUCAUUCCAAUUUGUUUCGAAAAAUCAGCUUUUGCUGCUAUCUCUAUGCUCGCGAUAAUGAAAGCUGGCUAUGCCUUCGUCCCCAUUGACCCUCAGCAUCCCAAGGCUCGGCGUCAGGAGAUCAUUUCUGAUAUUGACGCGAAAAUUAUACUUUGCUCACCUCGCUUCGCCUCUUUGUGUAAAGAGGUAGUCAAUGAGGCUCUUGCUGUCGACAUAGACCUUCUGGUAUCACUCCCAGAAUCAAAGAUGUCGCUUGGUAGAUGCGAUGGUAGCGGUGCGGCGUACGUUAUCUUUACGUCUGGAAGUACUGGGAAGCCAAAGGGCUGUAUUAUUGAGCAUGCUGGCUUCUGCUCUGGAGCUGUCAAGAAUGGCCCGGCAUUCUCUUUUUCGCCAACAUCGCGCGUUCUUCAAUUUGCAUCAUAUACAUUCGACGCUAGUCUUCUCGAAAUCUUGACUGUUCUCGUCAUGGGAGGAUGCACAUGCGUUCCUCAUGAAAGUACACGACUCAACGGCAUCGCCAAGUUCAUCAACGAGAAGAAUGUAAACACCGCUCUUCUCACACCAAGCAUGGCACAAACGAUCAAGCCGUCAGAAGUCCCGUGCCUACAAAACUUAGCACUCGUCGGUGAGGCAAUGACACACAACCACCUGUUUACCUGGGCCAAUGAAGUUCGACUGAUAAACGGAUACGGGCCAACCGAAACUUCGAUUGUUGCUGCUGCAAAACCGCGUAUGAGUCUAGGCACCGAUUCAUCCAAUAUUGGGACACCGGUAGGAAACGCGUGGAUUGUGGACCCGCGAAAUCACAAUAAAUUGAUGCCAGUAGGUGCGGUAGGUGAAUUACUGGUUGAGGGUCCAACACUUGCCAGAGGCUACCUCAACAAUGAGCAGAAGACUAACGAGGUUUUUAUCACGAAUCCAACAUGGAGUAUAGCCAGCGUUGGUGCGAAUUUGCGAAGAAUGUACAAGACUGGUGAUCUUGUCAAAUACGCACCCGAUGACUCUGGUGAACUGCUAUAUGUUGGAAGAAAAGAUAGUCAAGCUAAGCUCCAUGGACAGCGACUUGAACUCGGGGAGAUUGAGCACCACCUCAAUGGCGACACUGACGUCUUAAAUGCUAUUUCCCUUCUCCCGAAGACAGUACCAUCUGACACGAAUGCAUUGCAAAUUGUGACGGAUACGCAAGCUUUUGAAACCCUCUGUCUCAUUCAAGAAAGGCUGCGAGAAAAGGUUCCUGCUUAUAUGACUCCAUCAACCUGGGUCAUUUUGCAACACCUACCCCUGUUGCCUUCCGGAAAGCUAGAUCGGAAAUUGAUCACCCAGUUCAUUGAGAACAUGGACGAUGCUACAUUUGAAAGAGUUACAGCAGCGGAGAAAACUAGGUCUUCGGACAAGGUUGUGGUUAUUACACAAACGGAGGCGGCUUUGAGAGACAUAUGGGCCUCGGUUCUGAAGCUUCCUACCGAAAGCAUUGGUUUGGAUAGGUCAUUCCUCCAUAUGGGCGGCGAUAGUAUGUCGGCGAUGGCUGUAAUGUCCAGAUGUCGCAGCCAGAAAUUGGGCGUAACGGUAGAGAAUAUCAUUACUUGCAAGUCUAUUCGUGAUCUUGCUUCUCUAGUUACGCUGCCUCAGAAGGCUACACAUACCGAGGAAAGCUAUCAGGAAUUCGAUCUCUCACCUGUUCAAAGCCUCUACUUCCGAUGCAUGAACGGUCAACCAAACCAUUUCAAUCAGAGUAUCAUGAUUGAUAUUACAGAUUCUCUGUCAAAAGACCAGGUACAAGGGGCAAUCUCGAAGCUAGUCUCUAUACACUCAAUGCUUCGAGCUCGCUUUUCUCGAGAUGGAAACGGCAUAUGGAAACAGCGUAUCUUACCGGAGGCUCAAUCAUCUUUUGGUUUCCGUACCCUUGAUUGUUGUGAUCCUGAUGAACUUCGGGAGGAAGUUGAAGAGACCCAGAAGUCGCUAGAUGUGACAACUGGACCUAUCAUGGCAGUGACGUUUUUCGAAGAUGCUAUGGCAGGCUCGAAACUUUUCAUCUGUGCCCAUCACCUCGUUGUUGAUGUGAUUUCGUGGGGUAUCAUUGUACAGGAUCUGGAACAUCUACUUCAAGGUCGCCAGAUCGCAAGUGACCAAGGUGUUGCAUUUCAGAAGUGGUGCAGACUUCAGUUGGAAUACAUCAAGGAAAAGAAAGAUACCAGCCUGUUGCCGCUAGAGGAUGUACCAGCUGCGGAGAUGGACUUCUGGGGCAUGAAAGAUGCACCAAACACUCAUGGCGAUGUCCUAGCUGAGGAAAUCGAAUUUGAUAUAACUACCACCAAUAAUUUGUUAGCGAUGAUCAGUGCCCUCAAUUGCGAGAUCGUUGACGUUCUUUUGGCUGCAAGUUUACUUUCGUUCCGUCGUGUGUUCCCCAGUCACAAGUCCAUGCCAUGCAUCUACAAUGAGGGCCAUGGUCGCGAACCUUGGGAUCCUAACAUUGAUCUAUCCAGGACAGUCGGCUGGUUCACGACGAUGAGCCCGGUUCACUUACCAGCAGACUUUAGUAUUGGGGAUGAAAAUGACAUUCAUAAAUGCAUCAGUUGGGUCAAAGCAUUGCGACGAAGAACUCCAAGAAAAGGAAUGCCGUACUUUGCCCAGCGGCUACUUACUUGGGAAGGAAGCGAAAAAUAUCGUCACCACUGGCCCAUAGAGAUGGCCUUCAAUUACCUGGGUCAACACAGAGAGGUCAAAGAAUCAAAGAGCCUCUUACAGCUUACCAAUGGUACCGGGCAGUCAGUCAACUCGGCAUCUGAUAUUGGACCUGACGUUCCUCGCUUCUCACUGAUUGAGAUCUCUGCGGCAAUAGUCAAUGGAAGCAUGAGCAUGUCAAUCUCUUACAACAAGUCCAUGAAGAAACAAAGAAGUAUACAGCAAUGGAUUGGAGACUGCAAAGAUAUAAUUUACCAAGUCUCGAAAUUUUCCUCUCAGAAAAGGGCAACACCAAGCUUGGCUGAUUUCAGGCUGCUUCCACUUACUUACAACGGCAUCGAUCAGAUCACACGAAACUUGCAAAAUGUCGGAAUAAUGUCUUUCGACAACAUAGAAGACAUCUAUCCUUGCUCAUCGAUGCAACACGGAAUACUUCUCAGUCAACUUAAAGAUCCCAAUACAUAUGCUUACCGCACUAUUUUCGAGGUUGAUAUACCCUCCGAGCAAGGAAAGCUGGAAGUUCAGAAGCUAGCUACUGCAUGGCAAAGCGUUGUUGAUCGUCAUGCAUCCCUUCGAACAUCUUUUAUUGACGGCAAUCACGAAGCCUCACUUAUGGAUCAGAUAGUCCUCAAGUUCUGCUCUGCCAAAGUUGACGUCUUUGAAGUUACCGAGGGAACUGCUAGGAAGAUGCUAGCGGCGCUCCCAGAUAUGAGCUUCAAAAAUGGACAUCAGCUUCACCGUCUCUCUAUCUGCACCGAUAGAUAUGGAAAGGUCUGUUGUCGCUUCGACAUUAGCAAUGCUAUCGCCGAUGGAACCUCCAUGCCACUCAUUUUCCGCGACCUAUCGCGGGCUUAUAUGGGGCUACCUCCGAUCACUGAUAGACAGCCACAGUAUAGUGACUUUGUCGGUCACCUUCUAUCACAACCCAAGGAAAAAGGCGUUGCGUAUUGGAAAAAGUACCUUGAAGGAACUGAGCCAUGUCUUUUUCCAUCGCUAGUCAAUGAUCAGAACAAAGAGAAGUCCCUUGGUUCUGAAAUCAUCACAUUAGGUAAUAACGCGGCCAUACAUGAACUAUGCAAGAGCAUGGGAGUUACAAUGUCUGCAUUAUUUCAAUUCGUGUGGGCGAUGGUGUUGAGAACCUACACUGGGUCUGACGAGGUGUGUUUCGGCUAUAUUAGCUCGGGUCGUGACGUCCCAGUGAAGGAUAUCGAGGAGGCUGUUGGGGCAUUCAUCAACAUGCUUAUCUAUAAGAUUCAUUUGUCAGAUGAUCUCCCUUUGAUAAAGGCACUGAAAAAGACUCAAAGAGAUUUUAUCAAGAGCAUGGAACACCAGGCAGUGUCACUAGCAGAGGUGCAACAUGCACUUGGACUGGCAGAUACUCCACUAUUCAACACGGCGUUCACUUUCCAGAGACGUAGUGUACUCGAAGUGGACUCAGCGCCUUCGCUGUUAUUCAAAUCAUUUGACUCUCAUGAUCCCAGCGAGUACAAGAUUGCGGUUAACAUUGAGAUGAUGGAAACCGCCACUGAGGUUCAUUUCAGUUACUGGCAGGAUUAUUUGUCGAGUGCUCAAGUUAAAAACAUCGCCGACACAUUUGAGCAGAUUAUUCAGGAAAUCACAAGCUCCAAAGGUCAAGAAAAGAUAAUCGGUAAAAUCAAUACUGUUGGAUCUCUCAGUUGUCAGAAUGUGCGUCAAUGGAACAAUAUACCGCCUCAAAAAGUGGAGCGAUGUGUACACGAAAUGAUUGAGGAGCAAGUAAGAAUUCGGCCAGCGAUGGCUCAAGCUGUCGAAGCCUGGGAUGCAAAGUUCACAUACCAAGAACUCGAUUCUCACUCCAAUCGUCUCGCUAAUGUUCUUGUUAGCCAUGGUGUGGGACCUGAAGUCAUUGUUCCUCUCUGCUUUGAGAAAUCUGGAUGGGCAAUUGUUGCGCAAAUUGCUGUCUUGAAGGCAGGAGGUGCUUUUGUGUCUCUCGAUUCAUCGCAUCCUGAGGAUAGAUUGAGAAGCUUAAUUGAAGAUGUGAAUGGCCGGGUUGUGCUAUCUUCGGCCCAGCAAUACGACAAGAUAUCGAAUAUUGUUCCUAACACUAUCAUGGUGAAUGCGAGGGCCCUAGGUCAGCUACCACAAGCCUCCAAAGCACCAAAAAGCUCUGUGAACCCGAAACACACUGCAUAUGUCAUAUUCACUUCAGGUUCAACUGGAAAACCUAAGGGAACAGUGAUUGAGCAUGGUCAAUUCUGCACAGGCGCUUUAGCCCAUGGCCCUGCUUUGCAUAUGAACUCUGAGACUAGGUCAUAUCAAUUCGCAAACUACACUUUCGAUGCUUCGAUCCUAGAUAUACUCACGGUUCUAAUCUUGGGUGGUUGCAUUUGUGUGCCCGAUGCCGAAGAGCGUAUGAAUAAUGUCGCUGGUAGCAUUACUCGCUUACGUGCCAAUUGGAUGUGCAUUACGCCUUCGGUUGCAAGUACAUUGAAACCAGAGAGUAUUCCGACAAUGAAGGUCAUUGCCAUGGGCGGCGAGAAGAUGACUCCUGGGGCAAUCGAAAAGUGGUCAAAAUCAGUAUGCCUUGUGGAAGCAUAUGGGCCUAGCGAGUGCUCCGUAGUGUGUGCUGCCGGAGACAAGGUCGAUCAGUCAGGUCGAAUUGUCAAUUUUGAUCCUGCUGUUAUUGGGAAUGCUGUCGGUAGUCGAUCUUGGGUCGUUGAUCAACGCAACUAUAAUCGCCUAGUCCCAGUAGGUGCCAUUGGCGAAUUGAUUAUCGAAGGUCACAUUGUUGGUCGUGGAUAUUUAAACAAUGAGAAAAAGACAAAGGAGGCCUUUAUCCAAGACCCUACCUGGGCAGCUGAUGACAGGCUCAGAGCUCUCAUUUCCCCCGGUACAAGAAUGUAUCGCACCGGUGACCUUGUUCGAUAUAAUGAAGACGGCACACUUACCUACAUGGCAAGGAUGGAUAUGCAAAUCAAACUCAACGGCCAACGUAUCGAACUCGGUGAGAUUGAGUACCAAUGCACCCAGCACAUGCCAGAAAACGUCCAGUUGGCUGUUGAUCUGGUAGCACCCGGAACACAUUCUGGACCAAAGAAGCUUGCAAUGUUCUUCAGUCUUGCUGGUGGCCAUGACAAGUCUCGGAGCACAGGCCAAGGCAGUGACAAGAUUCUUUUGGAGAUGGAAUCUGAAGCCCGCAAUGCCGUACAAUCCCUCGAGAAGUCGGUCGCGAAAGUUCUUCCAUCCUACAUGAUCCCGCAACUAUUCUUCCCAGUAUCUGUAAUACCGUUCACAACCUCCGGCAAACUCGACCGUCGAAAGCUUUUUGGAGAAAUCAAAGAUCUUUCUCGCGAUGAUCUCAAAAAGUACUCACUGUCAACUUCUAUCAAGCAAAAAGCCCCUACUGAUGAGCGACAAAUCACACUUCAAGGCUUAUGGGAAGAAGUCCUUGCUAUUCCAAAAAUAUCGAUAGGAAGUGACGAUAGUUUCUUUAGACUUGGGGGUGAUUCCCUUGCUGCGAUGAAACUUGUAGGUAUCGCUAGGUCUCGUGGUAUUGCGCUGAGUGUCGUUGAUAUUUUCCGCCAUCCUACGCUUGAGGAAAUGUCCAAGAAGUACCGUCUCGCACAAGCACCUACUCAAUUUUCGAUCCCAGCUUUUAGCUUGUUGAGAAACUCUGCCAUCAAUGACGAAGCCAUUCGCGAGAUCGCAAAUCAGUGCAAUAUCGAACCGGAUUCAAUAACCGAUAUCUAUCCAUGCAGUGCUCUUCAAGAAGGAUUAAUCACAUCAUCAGUCCAACAAAAAGGGGCCUAUAUUUCACGCAAUAUUCUGAAACUCAGAGCCGAAGUUGAUGUUGAGCGCUUCAAGAAUUCUUGGCAACAGCUGGUUGAUGAAUUUGAUAUAUUGCGAACUCGCAUUCCGCACACUGCCUCCUCGGAUUUCUUACAAGUCGUUCUUAAACGGCAGCAAAUUUCAUGGCAAUAUUCUGACACUGUGGAAAGCGCGCUUGAUAAUGCAUCAACAGUGUUCAGCUCUGAAAGUGGUAUCCUUAGUCGGUACAUCUUGGUCAAAGAGAGAAACAAUUCUGUUACUCAUUUCGUCUGGCUGAUACACCAUGCUCUUUACGAUGCCUGGGGACUGGAUAUUCUUCUCAAACGAGUCCAGGAGAUCUAUUUCAACAAAGGCCUGUCAGCCAAAAAGCCAGCUUACGCAUCUUUUAUCUCUUAUCUCGAGAAAAAGAACCUUCAGGAUUCGGGUGACUUCUGGAAAUCGUACCUUGCGAACUCGUCACCGUCACAAUUUCCUCAACUGAUUAGCCAGAUUGGAGCAGAAAGCGAGGAUACAUCAUCGAAGACUCUGGUGAAGAAUAUGAGUAUUCCACAACAGUUCUUGAGUCUCGGUAUCACUAUGCCCAUAUUGAUCAGAGCGGCGUGGGCACUUGUUUUGUCAAACCGUACACAAUCGUCUGAAGUCUGCUUUGGAGAAACUUUAUCCGGCAGAAACAUUGACGUCCCCGAUAUAACUGAAUUGGCCGGACCAGUACUGACUACAGUGCCUACUUAUGUUCGUGUUAACACAAAAUCGAAAGUCAAGGAUUAUCUUUUAGAGGUACAAAAAAUGUCUACCGAGAUGAUCCCCCAUCAGCAUUUCGGACUCCAGCACAUUAAAAAAUUGGGGCACGAACAGGCUGCUGCUUGCGAGUUCAGGAACUUGAUUAUCGUCCAAAACGCAGAGAUUGCCGAUGGUGAUGAGCUUUGGGAAGUACAAGACAGUGGAGAUAUCGGAGGCUUCUUCACUUAUCCUCUCGUUGUAGAGUGCAAAACGCUAGACUCGACAGUUGAGGUCAAUUUUCACUACGAUGAGAAAGUGAUCAGUCGAUGGGAACUAGAGCGGAUCUCAUUUCAACUGUCUCAUGUUCUACAUCAACUUGGUUCUGUGAAUACUUCUUCCACUGUUUCGUUGGCUACUGUCGAUAUGUUGAGCCUCGAGGACAGAAAAGAUAUCAAGUGGUUCAACAAACGAGACCCUCAAGUCGUUGAUGCAUGCAUUCAUGAUCUGUUCAAGACACGUUGCAUCGAACAACCAGAUGCUCCAGCUGUUCAUGCGUGGGACGGAGAUCUUACAUAUGCUGACUUGAGCAAGUAUGCAUCAAGCCUUGCCACACACUUGCAAUCACUUGGUGUCAAGCCCGAGAUGCUCGUUCCGCUGUGUCUAGACAAGUCCACCUGGACUAUUGUAUCGAUGUAUGCGGUAUUAAUGGCCGGAGGGGCUAUUGUUCCUCUAGAUCCUUCUCACCCUCUCGAGAGGCACAAGGAAAUAGUCAAGCAGACUGGAGCCAAUAUUCUUCUGUACUCGUCACAGUACGAUUCCAAGUACUCAGGUAUCGUAAAAUAUGCUAUACCUAUCGACGGAAAUUUGGUCAGAGAUAUUUUUUCAAGAAAUCUUGGAAGAGAAGAAUUGAGCAGUGUAACGAGCUCCAAUGCUGCCUAUGCAAUCUUUACAUCUGGAAGCACCGGUAAUCCAAAGGGCAUCGUUAUCGAACACAAAGCGUUCAACACAAGUUCUGUGGCUUUUGGCAGAGUUCUACAAAUGACCAGCAAAACUCGAGCUCUCCAAUUUGCGUCGCUCAGUUUUGAUGCUGCUGUGAUGGAGAUAUUUACAACUCUUACAGUUGGAGGUUGUGUAUGCGUCCCCAGCGAAGAGGAACGUUUGCAGGAUCUAUCUGGAACCAUUCGUCGGAUGAAUGUUACUUGGACACUGCUAACAUCCUCGGUUGCCAACUUGAUUGACCCGGUAUCUGUUCCCUCGCUCAAGGUCCUGGUCUGUGGUGGUGAAGCCAUGAGUCCAGAGGUAAUUGCUAAGUGGUCUGAUAAAGUUCACCUGAUCAACGCUUAUGGGCCAUCGGAAGCUUCCGUUGUAGCGGUGGUCAACACAGACGUGUCCAAUGAAACACCAAACAACAUUGGAUAUGGCAUACAACCUACCACUACAUGGCUCGUCAAUCCCGAUGAUCACAAUCAACUGACCCCUAUGGGCUCUGUAGGCGAGUUGGCGUUAGGUGGACCUACACUUUCACGCGGAUAUCUAGGCGAUAUUGUCAAGACAACCGCUGCUUUUAUUGAUAACCCACUUUGGGCCAAAGAAUUUGCAUCUGAGUCCUCUACUCGUUCACGCAUUCACCUAAGUGGCGAUUUGGUCAAGUACCGACCUGACGGUUCUAUAGAGUUUAUUGGACGGAAAGACAAUCAAGUGAAACUCAACGGUCAACGUAUGGAGCUAGGGGAGAUUGAGCACCGUCUAGAGGCAAAUUCGCUUGUCCGCCAUGUCAUUGUGUCCGUUCCCAAAUCAGGUCCUCUUCAAAAGCGACUUGUUGCAGUUCUCUCACUCAAUGAUAGAGCAGCGAGUCAAUCAGUAGUUACUUCAGAGACAUGUCAGCUUGUUGAAAAAGCUGCAGAAUUGUCGCGCAUCAAAGAUAAUCUCGCAUCAAGAUUACCAGCCUACAUGGUUCCUCAGGCUUGGGCUGUAGUCAACAAAAUACCCAUGCUGGUGUCUGGUAAACUUGACAGGAAACUGGUCAAAAACUGGCUUGAAGGAAUCUCAGAGCAACUCCACCAACAGAUUGUCGGUGCGGAAGAAGAAAAUGAUGCCACAAUAGAGAUUACUGGAGUCGUUGCAACCUUGAGAGGUAUAUGGGCACAGGUUUUGAAUCAGCCUGUUGACAAGAUCAACCUCAACCGCUCAUUCUUGAGCCUAGGUGGUGACAGUAUUACGGCCAUGGCUGUUGUGUCCCGAAGCAGGCGACAAAACAUCAAAGUGACCCUUCAUGACAUACUGCGUUCACCUUCACUAGUCAAAUUAUCCGAAACGGUGGAUUCUGGCAUUCCUAAGGCUGACGAUCAUGUGGAAGUAAUGGACCAGGGCUUUGGACUUUCGCCCAUUCAGCAAAUGUACUUCCUCGCUGCAAAAGAACAUCAAGGUAGUAGUCGCUUCAACCAGAGCUAUACUGUUCGGUUCUCGCGGUAUAUCAGCGCAGAAACUGUGCAAUUAGCACUUCAAGCGAUUGUGUCCAGUCAGUCAAUACUUCGAGCACGGUUCAAAUCAAACGCCGCUGGAGAUUGGGAGCAACAGAUCUCAAAAGACGUCAAAUCUUCCUUCCGCUUCCGACAUCAUCGAAUUGGUCUGCUUCGCGAGGCGGCAAAGAUAGUUGGAGACAGCCAACGAGACGUGAACAUCUAUGACGGUCCCAUACUCGUUGCGGACAUGUUUGAGACGUCUAGCAAAGAGCAGUUCUUAUUCCUCGCUGCUCAUCACUUGGUUGUUGAUGUCGUCUCGUGGAGAAUCAUUAUGCAGGAUCUCGAAGACAUUCUCGAAACUGGUUCUCUUUCAACUGACAAACCUCUUUCAUUCCAAUCAUGGUGUAAAAUCCAAUCAGAGCAUUUCAAGCGCAACACCGAAGAACACAAAUUGCCCUUCAAAAUUCUACCUAACAACCUUGGCUAUUGGGGCAUGGAAAAUGUUUCUAAUACCUACGGUGAUGUUGAGCGACGAACUUUUACCCUCGAUGAAGGAAUGACGACGUCUACUAUGACCAGUUGCCACGAAGUCUUUGGCACUGAACCGGUAGACAUUUUCUUGACGGCAGUCAUUCACUCUUUCAGAUUAGUUUUCAAGGACAGAUUUCUGCCAACGGUGUUUAACGAAGGGCAUGGAAGAGAAACAUGGGAUUCAACGAUUGAUCUUUCUCGCACCGUUGGGUGGUUUACCAACAUUUCGCCAUUACAGGUGAUGCUCGAAUCAGACGACGUACUUGAUACUCUGAAAACAGUCAAGGAUACUAGACGAAGCUCUCGAGAAGCCGCAAAAGCAUACCUAGCCCAACGUUUCCUUGCUUCCAAAGACCGACCUGUUUCAUCUCACUCAGACGUGCCGAUGGAGAUUCUUUUUAAUUACCUUGGAUCGAUGCAGCAAAUGGAACAUGAUGACUCAUUACUUCAAAGUACCGACAUGGGGCUGGAAAAGGCUGAUCCACUUGAAGUCGGCGAUAUGGGACGUGACACAACGCGGUUGGCGCUUUUUGAAAUAUCCGCGGCUGUCGUACAACAUCGGCUACAAUUUGCGUUCAUGUUUAGUGGCCGAAUGAAACAUUUAACCGAGAUUCAUCGUUGGAUGUCGGAAUGCAAAUGGAUUCUUGAAGAAAUCGUGGUUCGACUAAGGCGAUGCACCCCCGAGCCUACCCUGAGCGAUUAUCCAUUGCUUCCAAUUAAUUACGACGGGCUGAAACGGCUUAUCAAGACAUCCUUUCCUCAGUCAGGCAUAUCACAUUAUCAAGAGGUUGAAGACGUGUAUCCUUGUUCCCCAACUCAGGAGGGAAUGCUUCUUAGCCAGCUUCGUGAUCCAAAGGCAUAUUUGUUUCAUAUUGUGUUCGAAGUUACGGGUGCAAAUCCACGACAAAUUGUUGACCCUGUGAAAUUGAUUGUAGCGUGGCAAAAAGUUGUUGACAGACAUGCUGCGUUGCGAACAGUGUUUGUCAAUAGCACAUACAAAGGAGGUUCCUUUGACCAAGCAGUCUUGAAAAAUGUCGAUGGCGAUGUGAUCCGUAUCGAGUGCGAUGAUUCCGUCGUACUUAACCAACUUCAAUCAGUCAGUCUGCACGACAGAAACUCAAGACGGAAGCAAAAGAUUCCCCAUCAAUUAGCCGUCUGUACGACUCCCUCUGGUCGGGUGUUUAUGAAGAUUGAAGUCAACCAUGCGGUCAUCGAUGGAGGAUCAACCUCGAUUCUUAUACACGACCUUCAACUCGCUUACGAUGGGCUAAUUCCAGAUGGCCGAGGGCCUCUUUAUUCUGACUACAUUCGCUAUAUGAGAAGCCAAUCACCAAAAGAUGACGUUGUAUACUGGAAGCGGUACCUGUCUGGGGUCCAAGCAUGCUACUUUCCACGUCUCAAGUCCUCAUUCAAUAGUCAGCGUCGUCUUGCUUCCCUUCAAUUCAACUUCAAUCAUUGGCAGGAUAUACUACAAUAUUGUGAAAAAACAGCUGUGACAUUGGCAAAUGUCAUCCAGGCAGCAUGGGCUCUGGUUCUUCGGAAAUAUACCGGCUCAGACGAUGUCUGCUUCGGCUAUUUAUCAGCUGGACGAGAUGCACCGAUUACUGGAAUACAAGAAACGAUCGGUGUUUUCAUUAACAUGCUUUGCUGCAGGGUUCGACUUUCUCCAUCUCAGCUCUUAGCAGAAAUCCCUAGUGUCAUUCAAGAUGACUAUGUACGUGCUAUUCCUCAUCAACGUUGCUCGCUGGCACAGGUACAGCACGAAUUAGGAUUGCAAGGAAAGCAGAUAUUCAACACAGCGUUAUCGAUCCAAAAUCAUUCUUCUUCUGAUCUUUCCGAUCAGGGAUCUCUUGUGUUUACUACUCAAGAAGCGCACGACCCAAGCGAGUAUUCAAUUACUCUCAAUAUCGAGACUGGCCGAAAUCAAGAGGGUAUCGUCUUCAGAUACUGGACAGACAUGUUCUCAAGCGAAAAUGUUUCCGAUAUUUCAAAAACACUCGCGAACAUUCUCCACGCUUUCGCUCGAGAGCCGACAGAAACUAUUUCUAGACUCAACCAGCACGAGUCUGGCAAGACCAGAGACAUGAUCGACACAAAACAUGCCAAUGCAGGCGAGACAUCACUGCAACGCGAGGAUGAACUUCAUGAAAUUAUGGAGAAAUAUCCCAGUCUCCAGAAUCUCAUCGAUGAGAGGGUUCGCAUGAUUGUGCAAGAAAUGUUCAAUCUGAAUCAACCGGGUUCAUUGAGGCGGAAUCUUUCUAACGCUGCUGAGCACGACAUCCUAGCACUUCCACAAUCCGAGUCCGAUGCCAUUUCUAGUAUAUCUGACGACAUCUAUAGAGAAGACAUUGGCGAUUCGGCUAUUCCGGUCGUCGCUCAGAUCCAUGAGCGCGGGAUACAGGCUGAUAUAGAAGAGAAGCUCUUGCGUCUUUGGAGUGAUAAGCUUGGACUGCCUUUGGACUCUAUUACCAAAGAUGAUAGCUUCUUUGAUCUAGGGGGAGACAGUAUCACAGCCAUGGCGCUUGUGGGUGAUGCCCGAGAUGAAGGGUUGAUAUUGACCGUUGCGGACGUUUUCCGGAACCCGAUAUUCAAGGACAUGGCAAGUGUAGCUCAAACAGCAAGCGAAAAGAGUUAUGUCGAAGACAAGAUCAACAACAUGGAUAUCCUGGGUGGAGAGCAAUCGUCCUUCACAUCUGCAAAACCUGGUUUCUAUGAAAGGUUUGCUCUCAUAAAAGCGGCUAAUAUCGAUGAGGCAUUCCUACAAAAAUACAUUUGCCCUCGCGUGGGAGUGUUCAAGGGCGGUAUAGUCGACAUUCUUCCCGUAACAGACUUUCAGGCUCUCUCAAUCACGGGUGCCCUUUUGGACUCACGCUGGAUGCUGAAUUUCUUCUGCCUCGACGGUCGUGGUCCUCUCGAUUUCCGGCGUCUCAAGCAGAGCUGUUUCCGCGUAGUGCACGCAUUUGAUAUUCUUCGAACAGUGUUUGUCGCUUCCAAAGGGCGCUUUUUGCAGGUCAUACUACGUAAAGUUCGACCGGAAUUUUCUGUCUACGAGACUGAUGAGAGCCUUGAUGAGUUCACUUCUGUACUACAACAGCGUGAUAUCACCGAAGGUGUUAAACAGGGUGAGCCUUUUGUGCAGUUUGUUAUUGUUCGAGAGAAGAAUACGGAUAGACAUCGUAUUAUUCUCCGACUAUCUCACGCACAAUACGAUGGUGUGUCACUUCCAAGAAUCCUAUCCGCCAUAAAAGCAGGUUACGAAGGCGGACCUAUUCCAUCACCUGCAUCUUUCGCCAACUUUGUACGUGAGUCGGCGAGAAUUGUGACGACAGAUCAUUAUCAACACUGGAGGACGCUCUUGAGCGGCUCAAGAAUGACCGAAAUCGUCAACCGCCAUGAAAGUCUCGGAUAUAAGAGACUUAGGGCUAGCAACGAAGGAUUACGCAAGACAAUACGGGUUCCGUCCAUGGCUCAUGGAAACAUCACCACCGCCACGGUCAUUAAGGCUGCGUGGGCCUUGACUCUGGCACGAAUCACAGGAAGCGCAGAUAUUGUUUUCGGACACACGAUCAGCGGCCGCAACACCGCAGCUAUCACAGAUCAACAAGUCGCCAAUAUGCCAUAUGAAGCACUCGGGUUCCGACAAAUUAUACACAAAUGUACCGACUGGCCUCGCGCAACACAUUUCAGUACGGUGUUGCAACACGAUGCCGCCAACUCGUCGAAUGAGAUUCAGCUUGGAGAGAAUAUAUACACCGUUAAAGCUGUUGGUAGCGAUGAAGAAAUGUCUGAUUUCUCGGUCAAUUCGAAGUCACUAGAUCGGGAUCGUGUCGAGAUUGUUAUUACGUUCUCCGUUGAUGAACGUGUCACCAUGUCACUGGCUCAAAGAGUCUUGGAUAUGCUCUGUGACACGGCGGAAAGCUUCACUGCAAACCCAGAUAUGGCGCUUCCAUCACCUAGCUCUUUGUCUACUCUCCCUGUACGAGAGAACAAGAACCUUGAUAACCAGUUACCUCAAGCAGAGACUACAAAGCAGCAAGUGGAAGACAACGCGAUUACAUCGUCUCAGCUAGCAGGCCUCAGUCGAGCCGAGAUUUUAGUCUUAUCGGACGUCCUCCGUCGCGCCUGGGAACAAGUCCUCGGAGACACCAGCAUCAACAACAACAGCCACAACGACGACGUUCCCCCACCCAUCAAACCAGACUCAUCCUUCUUCAACCUCGGCGGCGACCUCAUUGGCCUCGCGCAAGUAGCCUGGCUCCUCGAACAAGAAGACUUCAAAGUCCGGUUGGACGAUCUAAUCGAACAUCCCACCAUGAUGGGACAAAUGGCUGCUCUUGUACAAUCGAACAGCGUAACGGCGCAGAGGAUGAUGGCUUCUUAUCAUGCGGGUGUUGCUGCUUCGUCAUCUGCUGUUGCUACAAGUGCUACCGAUGGUAGUGUUGCGGGAGAGGAGCCGCGUUCGGCUAGUGGUAGUAAUAAUAAGGGUGGUCAGUUGAGAAAGUCGAAGACUUGGGCUUCGGCGUUUGGGCUGGCAAGGAAGAUUGUGAAGAGGAAGAUUGAGGUUGAGGGUUAA